CCGAGUUUCAGUGCUCCAGCAAAUAAACUUUCCGUAAGCCCAAAUUGAAAAUAUUUUUAAUGCAAAAAAUGCAAAGCUGUUGCAUCACGGGUUGUGAUAGUUAUAAAGAAACUAAUAACAAGCGUAUCGGAUAUUUUAAAUUCCCUCUGCAUAACACAUCAUUACUCAACAGAUGGUUGCUACAAAUUAACAAUACAGGAUUCAAGCUAUCGGAAACUAGUCAGAUAUGCAGCGAACACUUUGAAAGGAAUUAUAUUGAUUGGCACCUGAACAAAAAAAAUCCUCAUUUGUUGCCUAAUGCUGUACCUACGAUAUUUCCCUGUGAGAGAAAAAUGCCUGGUAACAAAGGAAUUGAUCAUCAAGUAAAGACACAGAGUCAAAACACAGUACAAGUGAAACCUGCCACUACGUUACUACAAAUAAAUGAAUCACAAAUAUCUGAAGAAAUAACUCAUGAAAGUGAACCGCACAGAAGUAAAGUAACAUUGUUAAAACGAAAGCCUGCUGUGCCUGUGGCACUAGUACAUGCAAAACACUGUGAAUCAAUUGCGACUGAAAUGAAAUUUGGAAUAGAUUCCAAGUUAAGAAAGAUUUUAUCGAAACCAAACGAGGAAGUUUCCACCACUGAGUUAAGCAGUGAGAAACCUUUACUUAAGAUAAUCGUAUAUAAAAAACUUUCUGAUGUUCAAGUCACUUUAAGCCCGAUGCAGUUUGAAACUAUUUAUUUACCAGCUCACAAAGAAAAUGAAGAUAAUUCUAAGAAUGUCACAUUUGAAAAGAAAGUUUGGAUUUCAAAACAAUCUAAUCAAAGUAUUGACGAAAAGAACUUCACAGGCAGUGAAAAUUCGUCAAGCAAGUCUAUAAUAUCCAGUAUUUCCAAUGAAAUUUCUACACCAAAAGUAAAACAGUAUACUAAUAAUAAGUCAAAACCAAAAAAUACUUCUUGUGUGCCAACUCUAGUGAAAUCAAAGUCGAAAAUCACAUCUCAAGGUCAGAUGUACAGUCACUCAACUGUCAGCAAAGUUCAGUCUCCAAAUUCUGAAGACCGUCAAGAUUCUAACCAACUUCGAGAACGGCUUAAGGAAUUGAAGGCGAGACGACAACGGGAACAGUCAAAAAUCACAAGGUUACAAUUUCAUCUGACACAACUAGAGAAAAAGAUCGAAGAAAGUAGUCACGAAAAAGUUGUAUUGCCUAGUUCGACACUACGGAGUAAGCCGACUGGGCCCAAAUCGACCUGGUUAAUACGCGAAAAGGAGGAAUAUGAAAAGUUGUUGAAAGAUGUCAGAGAGAUGAAACUGAAAGUGCUAAGGCAGAGGCACACGCGAGAAUUGGAAAAAGUCAGGAAGUUGCAGAUACAAAUGGCUAACUUGAGUAAAAAGAUGAAGGAGAAUGAUGAAAGAGAAAUCGCGGCAAUGUCUAAUUUGCGACGCACACGCAAUGCAACCAUACCCAACUGGAUGAAACGAGAGGAGGAUGAGUAUGAAAAACUACUCCAGGAUGUGAGAAAGAUUAAACAAAGUUACAUGCUGCGCCAGUCAAAACAAAUUUCCACUAAACCAAAUUCGCCCAAUACUGCUCCUUCAGAAACAGCUUCAAGCGACGAUGAGUGCAUAUUGAUUGAAACAAUUCCAGAAACAAUUGAACUGAUGGAAGAAAUUGAAGUAAUAGAAAAAAUAAAAGAUGAGAGCAGGCUGAUGGACAGGAUUGAAGAGGGCAGUGCCCGGAUAAAAACUGAUGGAUACAGUCAAACUGCAGAAAAUUCGAGAGAUUGUGGUGAAAUAAUUGGAGAAAUUGAUGAAGAAUGGAUUGAAAUAAGUGGUUGUGUAAAAGCAUACCGAUCUUGAAUAUCCAUGAAGAUCUCCCAGAUCCGGGACUUCUUGAUACAUAAACAUUUCGAGAUCGAUACAUUUCUCGUUAAAUGAUUGUAAAUAAAUUGUGAUGUUGCACUACAUGUAUGUUUGAAGAUGAUUGUAACUAUGUAUCAGUCAGUCUAUGUAAAAAAAAGUGUUAUAUGCUUUGUGUUGGACACUUUGAAGUGGCAGAUAUUUGUGAGAAAAGCAUUCUGUAACAUAAAACGAUUUCGUAAAAGAGUAUACAAGGCACAGCAACAGUAAAAAAAUCCAGAAUAAUUCGGCUCAUCUUGUGGAAUUUUUGCACAGAUUGUUGCAUGUGCGUUAAACGUUAAAUAUUACUUGUGUACAUAUGUGAAAUUUUUUUGUAAACGAACGGACAAUAUAAACUUGAUUGAUUACGGAAACUUGGAACGAGAUGUGUGUUUAUGUUUCAAUUGUUUAGACAGCAUUGGCGCUCGAAAAUGAAGUGAUAUGAAAUAAAAUAUGUAGAAAAACAUGCCACGACGUGUGAAUAAGUGCAGUAUAAAAACUUACCUUAUACUUCAUUAAUUUGGUUACUUCUUAAAGUACCACAUUGAAGACUUUAUAAAUGAUUCUAAAGAAUGUGCUUUCUUAUAAUAAUUCAUUUACAUCUCUUUCGUUUUCUCGAUUAAAUAUAAUCGAAUAUUAUUAAUAAAGAAUUUUUAAAUAAUGUGCAGCAUUACAUCCUUGGUUAAAUUACUUGAAUAAGAAAUCUUUGUGAUACGAAAAUUAGGUUCAAUAAUUCUGCUCUGAACAGUUUGGAGUACUACCUAUUAUUACUGUGCUUACUUUGCUACUAUAGGAUACUGCGUGGCAGAAAUUGAAAUAACAAAGUACAAUUACCAAACUCAAGAAAUAUACGUACUCAAAUGUAAUUAUCACGCUACAUGUUCGGACAAUAUUAUAAUGAAAAAUAUUCAGAUAUUUUAAUUACCAAGUAUUAAUUGCGUCACAUUACGAAAUUACUAGUUACCAGCACUUGCAAAUUUUUAUAACCAAAAUAUCGUACAUACUGCAAGUGUCGAGAAUCUUGACCAUUUUUCAAUAUGGAUUAGAAGUAGAAAUGGUAAUUGUAGUGAUGCAUGAAAUAUUACGUAAUAACAUAGUUAUAUCAUUUGUAUUUACGUACUUUAAUAAUAAUUUCAAUCAUUUUUUCGGUACUUUGAAAGUUACCUUUUGAUUCCCAGGUUCCUUAUUUGUA